AUGUCAUAUAUUAGUUUUAAGGUGAUAACAGAGACGAGAUAUUCACAAAUAGUUCGUAUUUGUGGUAAUCAUCCAAUUCUUGGUCAAUGGAAUCCUCAUGAUUCAUAUCCAUUAUACACUUCUAGCGAAACCUAUCCAGAAUGGAGCCACGAAAGCAAAAUUCAAAUUGAUCCAAGUUAAUAAUCGUUUUAAGCAUUUAGGUUUUAGAUUAGAAUUCAAGUGUCUAAUUCAAGAUGGAGAUAAUUAUAUUUGGGAGAGUAUCCCAAAUCGAAUCCACAAGUGUGAUUUUAGGCGCAAUUUCCUCUAUAUAACAUUCAAUAAACCCUCAAUGAAUAUUAGAACAUUUUAAAAGUAUGAAAUCUCGAAUGAAUUUGUAUAAGAAGAGCUAAGUAUAUAUUUGUAUAAAAUGCUUUUUAGUGAAAGUUUAAAGACUUAAUCGAUCAAGAGAUUACGAUCCCUUUGAUAAUGCUUUAGAUUCAGUAUGAUAAUCUUUAAAUAUUAAGUCUGAUAACGAAAGCAUUCCAGAAUUAGCAAUAGAUGAAAGAGGAUCUGCAAAAGUCUCAAUUCGUUAAUUAGAAACGGAUUGGAGAGAAAUAAUAAAGGUAUAAUAAUAACUUAAUCCAUUUUAGAGUCAUUAUGAAUGUAAACAAAAAUUAAAGUCAAUAUCUAAAUUUAAAAAAAUUUCAGAAUAAUAUGGAUCUUCUGAUUUGAUUUUUGAUUAUAAAAGAAAGCGCUCAUCUUCUACUCAAAUUUUCACAGAUUCUUAUGUGAUUUGUUUGUCAUUAAAGAUACCUUUAAAAAUAACUUUAAUUGAUCAAUUUUAUAAAGUGACAAAUAAGAAGGGUAUGUUGAUUAUAAUUAUAUCUAGAUAUUAUAAACAAAUAUAAGUUUGAAUUAACUUCAGAUCCUUAUUAUAUCAAUAUGUACAAUCUCUUUAGUAACAGAUUAAGUUUGAAGGCAAUUUGGAUAGGAUGGAUUGGAAUAUAAGUUGCAGAUGAAAAUGAAUAUAUUCUAAUCUAAUAAUAUGUAUAUGAAUAAUACAAAUGCUUUGGAAUUUAGUUAGAUGAUACUAUUUUAGGCUGUUUUUCAUAAUUAAUAAGUCCAGUUUUCAAUAAUUUAACUCCAUAAUUAAGAUUACAUUCAGAAGAUGAUUAUAUGGAAAUCAAUAAAAUCUUUUCAAAAUAUGUUUAAGAAGCAUUAUAAUGUACACUAUUUCAAAAUUAAUUUAAUCAUUUGCAUUCAAUUUUCAUUUUUGACUAUCAUCUCUAUUUGAUUCCAAUUUAUAUAAAGGAAGGUUUAAUUAGAAAGAAUGAAAAUAGACCUAGAAUAUGUACUAUAAUGAGAAGAUCAUUUCCAAAUCCAAAAUAAUUUCGAAUUUUAUCAUGUAGUGAAACUAUAUUAUCAUCUAUAUUAAUGAGUGAUUUGAUCUCAUUAAUAUAAUUAAAAGAUUUGUAUUAAUUUAUGCAUUGUUUGCCUUAAAAAUAUCAAAAAUUAACAUAAGUUUCUGGUAUGAGUGCAUUUACAAUAGAAGUAUUAGGUAGAAAAAUCAUUUUGGAUUAUGGAAGUGUUGGUUUGAAUAUAAAAUAAUUAUAAAACUUAAUAACAAUAGAUGAGAUAAAUUAAGAAUAACAAUUUAUAUUACUUGGAGUUGAUAGUUUAUCACUUUUAAGUGGUUUAUAAUAGAAAUUUAAAAUAAUUGAAUAGAUGUAUCUAAUAAAGUAAUAUAAAAUUUAAUUAAUAUAAAUUUUAUAUACUAAUAAUGAUGAAGAUUAUUAAAGUAAUUGUUAGAUAUCCAAAUAUUUAGAUGAAAUAAUGAAUCUAGCAAAAUAAAUUAAUCAAAAUUGUUAAUAUGAAUUAAUUUAAAUUAGACUUGAUCUUUCUUAAAGUGAAUUAGUAAGUCUAUAUGGAAAGGCUGAUGUUUUUUUAAAGACAUCAUUAAGAGAAAGCAUUUGUUCAAAUUAUUUAGAAUAUAUUUAUGUUAGAUAAUAUAGGAAGAGGGCUGCAAAAUUAGUUUUAAGUUAAUGGUGUUCUUUAAAAGUUGAUCAUAGAAAAAUAAAUCCUAAUAAUGCUUCUGAAUCAGCUAACACAAUCUUGAAUUAUUUGAUUGAUUAAAAACCAACAUUUAUUAAUGUUCCAAGUAGUGAUGAUUGGUUACAUAGGUUGAAUGAUCAUUUAAGUUAUUGUGAAGAUUUCUGGUUUGAUAAAUAAUUGUAUGAUUCAGCCAAAGAAUUAACUAUAGGAUUAAAGGAUAAACAUUUUUGUUCAAUUGAAACAACUAAUAUUGUUUCUAAAUUUGCUAAUCAUAAUUAUCUUGAUAAUUAGAGAAUUAUAAUCCUUGCUUAUACACAUAGAUUUUUACAGAAAAUUCAGAAACUAGAUUAAUUAGUUCAAGCAUUUGAAAGAUUAGCAUAAGAUGAAAAUAAUACUCUUAUUAUUGUUUCUGAUUAAGAUUGUGAAAUUAUGGAAUUAAACUUUGGUUCUAUUAAUAAUUUGUAUAUGAUUGCUUAAGAUGGACUUUUUAUAAAAUAAAAUAAUCAAACUACUUUUUAAUAAAUUGUAGAGAGAGAUGAUUAGAUUUAAGCAAAAUUAUAGUAAUUAUCACUUUUGGAACAUUUAAACUUAACAGAAAAAAAUUAAAUUUAUACUUUAUCUCUUAAAGAAUAGAUUAAAGAUACAAAUGCUGCUGCAAAUGUUUUCCUUUCUAAUUUAAUUAAAGAACUUAGAUUAGAAUUUGAUGAUUAUUUGAUUUUUUAAGAGAAUUAUGCAAUUAAGAUCAAACAUUAAUAUUAAUAAAUAGAAGAAUUACUAAAAAUGAUCAUUAUAAAUGAAACAAAUCAAAAAGGUUUGGUUUCAUUUGCUAAUAUCAUAUCAUUUGAUAGAGGAUGGUUAGAAAAAAUUAUGUAAAUAUUUUAAUUUGCAAAUAUGCCUUUAAACAAAGUAAAUUUUAUUUUAAACAUAGAAAUUUCAUUGUGUCUCUAUUUCUGAUUAAAUUGAAAAGAAUAGCAACUUAGUUAUAGAAUCUACUUAAGAUAUAAUCAAAUUGCUAAAUAGAUAUGUUAUGGAAAGUUAAGAUCAAAAAAUGA